UGUAAGUUAUAACGUUAACUUCUCUCUCUCUGUGAAAUUGUGAAAGUGUUUGACUUCUCUCUGGUCUGGAACACAAUCUCUCUGCAAUGGCUGUAAAUGCCUCCGACGAGCCGGGAAAACCUUACAUCCAGGGAAGUGUGGAUCAAAGUUGCAGCAUACCUGUUAGCUGUUCAAAUUUUAAAUUGCUAAAGCAAACUAUUGAUGAAGUCGACCGGCAUUGCUCUCUUGAUAUUUUGCCUCUUCUUUUAGAGAAGGCUCCACUUCCAGCAAAGCUGAAAUGUCCCUUUCACAGCUCACAUGCCCCAGAUGUCUAUAGCAUUUCAAUGUUGCCCGAAGAAGGCAACAGUUUACGAUGUGCUUCAGUAUUGGGCUAUUUGAACUUUUUAAAAGUUUAUAAUUCAUCUAAAAGUCAGAUGUGCACGGAUGCUCAGUCGAGUUGCCAGAACGGCAUUGAUUCACAAGCAAACAUGGCAGAUUCUCAUCCCCCAUGCAUCAUUGAAAUAGAUCUUGAGAAGGGAUGUAUUCAAGCACCAGAAUCUGAAGAGGAAGCUAUCGAAAGUUUGAAACGUGAGGGUUUACUCACUAGGGUGUUUCGCAGACAGGCAAGCCUAAAAGUAGGUGGGAAACUUAUGCAUCUUCUAUUCAACCAUGGCACUUCAAGAGAUAACCCAGUGCCUGAGAAAGUUCAUGAAACACCAAACAACCGGUGGAGAAGAUGCAAACGCACUGCCUCAUUUGAUUCCAGAAAAGUCGUUUUCCUGUUUUCAAUCUUGUCGAGUUUGGGGACAUUGGUUUUGAUAUAUCUGACAUUGAGAGUUCGGCAGAGUGCAGAUGGUUUCAUUCAUGUCUAAUUCGCUGCCACCUCAUUCAUGCUUCAAAUGACUUAGUUGCUGUUGUGUCUUGAGGGCUACUUCUGAAUUAACCUUCUUUGUAAUGUAAAUAUUUGGCAUUUUCUGGUGUCUUCUGUAUAUGGGUAAUUAGAUUGUGGUGUUGUAAUAAUGCUAUAUGGUUUGCCGCUAUUGAAAGCUGAUAGCAGACUUUUUAAUUUGGAUAAUCUCCCAUCUUGUUUAGUGUUCAAACCGAAUAAAGUACAUUAAUGGGUUUCUGAAA